GCCUGCGCCCCUCCUCCUCCUCCUCCUCCUCCUCCUCCCCCGGGGCGUCCUGCUGCGCGUCUGGCCGGUGUCUGCGCUGCGAGAUGGCGGCGCCCGGGACGGAGCCCGACGCCGAGCUGGAGGAGCUGCUGGCCAGCGCCCUGGAGGACUUCGAGAGGGCCGCGCCGGCGCCCGCGGAGCCCGCCGGAGGAGGAGGAGGCGGCGGAGGAGGAGGCGGCGAGGGGGCCGCGGAGCCGGCGGGGGAGGCGCAGGGGCGGCUGCUGGCGGCGCAGGAGACCUUCUUCCAGGAGCUCUUCGAGGGCGAGCUGGCGUCGCAGGCCAGCGCCGAGUUCGAGCGGGCCAUGGAGGAGCUGGCGGCCGAGGAGCCCAUGCUGGUGCAGCAGUUCCAGAAACUCUCGGCCGCCGCGGGCAGAGUCGGGAGCGACCCAGCGUCCCGCCAGGAGUUCACCUCCUGCCUGAAGGAGACGCUCACCGGGCUGGCCAGGAACGCCGACGGCCUGCAGAGCUCCGGGGUGUCGGAGGAGGAGCUGAGCCGGACGAUGGAGGGGCUCGGCCUGGAGGAGGGGGACGGCGGGGAAGGCAGCCUGUGGCCCAUCAUGCACAGCAUCAUGCAGAACCUGCUCUCCAAGGACGUCCUCUACCCCUCCCUCAAGGAGAUCACGGAGAAAUACCCAGAGUGGCUCCAGAGACACCGAGACUCCUUGCCCAAGGAGCAGUACGAGAAGUACCAGGAGCAGCAGAGGGUGAUGGGAAGGAUCUGCGAACAGUUUGAGGCCGAGCAGCCCACCGAUGGGGACCCAGAGCACAGGGCCCGCUUUGAGACCAUCCUGGACCUGAUGCAGCAGCUGCAAGACCUGGGACAUCCUCCCAAGGAGCUGGCCGGAGAGUCGCCUCCUGGCCUGAACUUUGACCUGGAAGGACUGAAUCUGCCUGAUGCCGGAGGCGCGGGAGGCGAGCAGUGCCAGAUCAUCAAGAUGUCAGACGCAGGGAAUAGCACGGAGGGGAAAACGAAUAUCCCUAACGGGAGCUUGUCCAGCAGCCCGGAAGAGAUGUCCGGAACCACGGAGGGGCCCGAGACGUCCUCCGGGGUGGAGGUGGAGGCUUCCGACCUGAGCCUCAGCUUGACGGGGGACGAGGUGGGCCCCAGCCAGACUUACACAGAGAGCUCCACCGAAGAGAAGGACUCGGACAGCAUGGAGGAGACCGGCCACUACUCCAUCAACGAACUGAAUCGGACCUAUGACCACUCCCCCUCGGAGGAAGAGGAGGAGGAGGCCGAGGAGGAGGAAGAAGAAGAGGAAGAGCAGCAGCAGGAGGAGGCGGAAGUGGAGGCCCAGCGUUCCCGCUGGCGAGCGCACCGCAAGCGCCCCAACCAGGACCGGGACUCCUCAGAUGAUGAGCGGGCGCUGGAGGACUGGGUGGCCUCGGAGACGAUGGCGCUGCCCCUGCCUCGCUGGCGAGCCCUGCAGGCGCUGCGGGGGAGGCAGCUGGGCUCCAGCGCCCGCUUCAUCUACGACGCCUGCGGGGCCCGGCUGUUUGUGCAGCGCUUCUGCCUGCAGUACGGCCUGGAGGGCCACGGCGGCUGCGUCAACACCCUGCACUUCAACCAGCGAGGGGCCUGGCUGGCCAGCGGCAGCGACGACCUCAAGGUGGUGGUCUGGGACUGGGUGCGCAGGCGGCCCGUGCUGGAGUUUGAGAGCGGCCACAAGAGCAACGUCUUCCAGGCCAAGUUCCUCCCCAACAGUGGAGACUCCACGCUGGCCAUGUGUGCUCGGGACGGCCAGGUCCGCAUAGCCGAACUCUCUGCCACGCAGUGCUGUAAGACCACGAAGCGGGUGGCCCAGCACAAGGGUGCAUCGCACAAGCUGGCCCUGGAACCGGAUUCCCCCUGUACUUUCCUCUCGGCGGGAGAAGAUGCCGUGGUCUUCACCAUCGACCUGAGACAAGACCGGCCGGCCUCGAAGCUGGUGGUGACCAAAGAGAAGGAGAAGAAAGUCGGCCUCUACACCAUCUACGUCAACCCGGCCAACACCCACCAGUUUGCUGUGGGGGGCAGAGAUGAAUACGUCAGGAUCUACGACCAGAGGAAGAUUAAUGAAAACGAGAACAAUGGGGUGCUGAAGAAGUUCUGCCCCCACCACCUGGUGAACAGCGAGUCGAAGGCCAACAUCACCUGCCUGGUCUACAGCCACAACGGCUCAGAGCUCCUGGCCAGCUACAAUGACGAGGACAUCUAUCUCUUCAACUCCUCCCACAGCGACGGAGCCGAGUACAUCAAGAGAUACAAGGGACACCGCAACAACGCCACAGUGAAGGGGGUCAACUUCUACGGCCCCAAGAGCGAGUUUGUGGUGAGCGGCAGCGACUGCGGCCACAUCUUCCUGUGGGAAAAGGCCUCUUGCCAGGUGGUGCAGUUCAUGCCAGGCGACAAAGGGGGCGUGGUCAACUGCUUGGAGCCUCACCCCCACCUCCCCGUUCUGGCCACAAGCGGCUUGGAUUACGACGUCAAGAUUUGGGCCCCCACGGCGGAGAUGCCCACCCAGCUGACCGGCUUGAAGGAGGUGAUCAAGAAGAACAAGCGCGAAAGGGACGAGGACAGCCUGAACCACGCGGACAUGUACGAGAGCCACCUGCUCUGGUUCCUCAUGCACCACUUCCGGCCUCGGCGGCGUCACAGGCGCCAACGGGACGCGGGCACCGGAGUGGCCGACAGCGACUCUGAGGAGUCCCUCAGCUCCUCGGACACCCUGGACGAAGAGGAGGAGGGCCCCGACCGGGUGCAGUGCAUGCCUUCCUGAGGGCCCCCCGAACAGGCUGCGGGGACGCCGGGGAGGGUGGGGAGCCCGCCCUGUUAAAUUAGCCCCCCCCCCUCCUCCUGCUUUAGAUGAGAGGCCUGCCCCCGCCCUGCCUGCCAGCCCUGGUUACCAGGGGGGCCGGCUUGGCUCUGCCCCCUCCCCUCCCUGGGACUCUGCUCUGCCCCCAGAUUCCUGGCUGCGGUCGCCGCCUGUUCCCUGCGAAGCUUCUGUGGGGUGGGGUGGGGGGCGAGAGUUGGCUUGGUCCCUCUCCGUGGGGGUGGGGGCUCAGAAGCACCUUGGAGAUGUACUUUUAUCUCAAAACACCCCCCCCCCCCCAAUAAAGACAUCCGGCUGCUGCAUGUUGCACCCAGGAUGAGGGAGCCUGGGUCCUGCUUCUCCAGUGAAACCCUGGGAGCUCCGUUCCCUCUGGGUUGGUGUCCCCCCCCCCCCCGUUCCCCCUUUCUUUUGGUGUGUUUCUCCUCCAGCAGCUCUAGGCACAGAGGACCCCCCUCCCUUCCCUCCUCCCCCCUCCCUCCCUCCCUCCCUCCCUCCCUCGGCUGUGAGAGCGGCCACUGGCUCAACUCCUCCGGGGAGCAUAAAGUUUCAAAGGUUUGAACGCAGCUGCCUCGUUUUCCCCCUUCCUCUUCAGGAAAAAAAUCUCUUGGUUUUGAAAGCAACUCCCCCCCCCCCCAAUUGCUGUUUAGAGGCCUAAUUUUAUAUGUAUUAAACAAGACAAGAACCAAAUUAAACUUGGAUGUUAUCAAGUUAAAAUUAUUGUAAAAGUUUAAAUAAAUAUAUAUUAUAUAAAUGCAAUAAACGAAUUGAGAGAGAGA